AGAGUCAUUUGUUUCUACUACUUCCAAUUACCAGUUGUUUUAAAAUGCUCAAACCUGCUACCGUACUCCUCUUAAUACAAAUGUAUGUUUGCAAGAGAGUCCAAUUAUCAUCCGGAACAAUAGAAGGCAAAAUCCUCAACAUUUCAUAUUCUCCACUGGGAAAUCAAUCUGCUACUGUAUUUUUGGGUAUUCCGUUUGUUGAACCUCCAAUUGGAGACCUUCGAUAUCGAAAACCCCGUCCACCGAAAUCAUGGGAAGGAGUUUUGGUAACAAAUGAAUAUAAAUCAGCGUGUAUGAGCAAUGCAACGAAAACUUACAAAAAUAAAUUCGGAGGUCCAAUUUCUGAAGAUUGUUUGUAUCUCAAUGUCCUCACAAAUGAAUAUUGCUUGGAAAAUAAAAACUGUUCUGUUAUGAUGAUUGUCCAUGGUGGAGGGUAUUUAACCGAAUCAGCUUCAACUUUCAAUCCGGAGAUUCUGAUCAACAAUUUCGUGGGUCAAGGCAGAAAUAUUGUAGUGGUUACUUUCAAUUAUCGACUUGGACUUUUCUCGUUUGGUCAGUUUAAUGGUGAUCGAGGAGACAAGAAUUUUGGACUUUAUGAUAUGAUUGAAUCUGUAAAUUGGGUUAGGAGGGAAAUUGAAAACUUUGGAGGAAAUAAAAACAGAAUUACAUUGGCAGGGCAUUCGGCUGGAGCCAGUAUGAUAGUAGCGUUUACAAGCUCUCCACUCACAAAAGGACUCGUCCAUCAACAGAUUAUAAUGAGCGCACCCAUGACGAAUAUGUCAAAGAAAUCGAAUUUCAAAGGAAUGACAGUGAUGGCUCAGAUGGUUGGAUGCCUGUCAGAAGAAAUUGGGUUUAAUAAAUUGUCAGAGGAACAGGUGGAAAAUACGUACUCUUGUCUGCGAAAAAAAUCUGCUCAACAAAUACUAGAUGCUCAAUUAUGGUUGCUACAAAAUUCUACAUAUUUUCUCGGAGCACCUCCAAUUGAUGAGCAUUUUCUAACUGACUAUCCAGAAAAUUUAUAUGCUUCCAAAUCAAUUUACCCUAUCAACACUUUGAUAGGUACUACAACUCUAGAAGUUGAAGAAUCAUCAUACAUAAUUGAUCCUGCAUUUGCUGACAAAAAAGUUGAAUUGCUUGAAAACUUAUGUGAUCACAUUGGAUAUGUACUAUAUGAGGAACCAGAGACUUUUUCGAAGAAAUGCCAAAAACAAUAUAUGAAUGGGAAUUCGUCAAUGAAUUUAUCGAAUGAAAUGGAAUUCUACACACCUGCUAUUGAUUUUGCCGAUUCCCACACAAGCGGAAAUACGAAAGUAUUCUUGUAUAGUUACGACUAUCGUGGUGCAGGACCAGCAUACGAUAGAUAUUUGGAAGUUAGAUCCCCUCAUCAUUCUGAAGAUUUGAUCUAUGUUUUUGGCACUCAUCGAGGAAUUUUCGCGCCAAAAGAUUACAUUAUAGAGAAAAUUUACAGUGGAAUGUUUGCUGACUUUGUUAAUUUUGAGAACCCUUUACCAUCGGGAGACCAAAAAUGGAAUCAGUACACCAAAGAAAAUCGAGAGCAUUUUUUGAUUAACUUUGAUAAAAACUUUAUAACGCCUGGAAUGAGGGAUAAUUAUUAUACGGAAGCUUAUGAGUUUUGGAGCACGGUGGGCAAAAAAUCCUUCAAAGAGGAAUGGUCUCCAUCACUUGAUACAUUUACAUGUGCCCUUGUAAUAUCUCCACUAGUUUCUCAUAUGAAACAAACUACAACUGCUUUUGAUAAAACUUUUGAGCAAACUGAAUUGUUGUACAAGGAGGAAGUUAAUUUUUUGAAAAGAGAAAAAUUGGAGAGAACGCAAGAGCUAAAAAUGGAAACGAAGAGACGAGAUAAAGCUUUGCGAAUUCAGAAUAGAAAAAAUGGAUUGGCAAAUAAAGAAAUUACAGAAGGAGAUGAAGAAGAUGAGAGCUCGAAACUAGAUAUUCUCCUUAUCAUCAGUGCUGGAACUCUUUUCGGUGGAAUUUUGUAUGUCACAUUGCCCAAUGUCAUACUACAAAAACGUGCACGAGAUGGAUACGAGCUUCUAUCAUAAACAACUGUUUUUGUCAAAUAAACCACAUUAAAGUUCUU